AUCAACAAUUCCCGAGUCGACUUCAGCUGUGUGCGCUGCCUCUGCUCGCUCUGCUCGUCGUAUUCGUAUUCGUAUGUUUGUGUCUGUGCCUGAAUUUGACUGUGUGUGUGAAUGUGUGUGUUGCGCGUGUGUGCGUGUGUGGUGUGCAAAAUCAGUGUCUUUGAAAAAGAAAGAAGAAAAAACACCGAAAACAGAAAAUUCAUCGAAGGCGCUCCAACAACAAAGUUCCUAUAUAAAUUUAUAAUAUUUUUAUUUGUUGCUACACAAUACGUGCUCGUGUUAAGCGUUAAAGUGGCCAAAAUUCGGCGAAAACAGCAGCGCAAGUGUGAUAAAAACAGUGUGCCACAGCCUCAGUCUGCAAAACGAACGAAAACAAAAGAGAACAGUGUUGAUAGCACCACAAGCAUCCUAAGCACUGGUAGCGGCAGCGCCAGCAGCAGCAGCAGCACCACUACCGCCGCCGCCAGCAGCACAGCCAACAACAACAAACGGUGCCGGGCAGCGGCUGACUUUGUGCCUGGAAGCCGUAUUCUACUUCCAACAACCAGAGCAGCAGCAGCAGCGGCGUCAGCAGCAGCAGCAGCGUCAGCAGCGACAACAACAACAAAAGCAGCUGCCGGCGAAACUGUUGGCAGUGUUGGGCUGGGCGUCGGCGGCGGCGGUGGCAGCGGGGGACAGCUAACAAAGGAGCCGCCGCUGAAUGCCAAGCAUCUAUCCGUCUCUGUCUGUUUGCAUACCGUGCACAAGCUCGCUGCUGACCUUCACGUCGACGCCAACGCCGACGCCAACUGCGACGCUGAGGUAAUGUCAGAAACGGGCUGCCGACAUUAUCAGAGUUAUGUGAAGGAGCACAGUUAUGACACAUUUCGGGUGAUCGACGCCUACUUCGCUGCUUGCGUCAACAGAGAUGCGCGCGAGAAAAAGGCCAUUCACUGCAACUGCUUCGAGUGUGGCAGCUAUGGCAUCCAGUUGUAUGCCUGUCUGCACUGCAUCUAUUUUGGGUGUCGUGGGGCACACAUCACCAGCCAUCUGCGUAGCAAGAAGCACAACGUGGCCUUGGAGCUGUCCCAUGGCACCCUUUACUGUUAUGCUUGCCGGGACUUCAUCUACGAUAAUCGGAGUCGGGAUUAUGCGCUAAUCAAUCGCAAACUGGAGGCCAAGGAUCUGCAGAAGAGUCUCGGCUGGCAACCUUGGAUUCCCACGCCCAAGGAGACCAACCUACUCCUGGCCAAUGCCCGAAGGCGUCUCGUGCGACCCAAUGUGACAAUCGGACUGCGGGGUCUGCUCAAUCUGGGUGCCACGUGCUUCAUGAACUGCAUUGUCCAGGCGCUGGUGCACACUCCACUGCUGAGCGACUAUUUCAUGUCGGAUCGUCACGACUGUGGCAGCAAGUUGACCCACAAGUGUCUCGUCUGCGAGGUGUCGCGUCUCUUCCAGGAAUUCUAUUCGGGCUCACGUUCGCCAUUGUCGCUGCACCGUUUGCUGCAUUUAAUAUGGAAUCAUGCGAAGCAUUUGGCCGGCUACGAGCAGCAGGAUGCGCAUGAGUUUUUCAUUGCAACACUGGACGUGCUGCAUCGCCAUUGCGUCAAGGCCAAGACGGAGAGGGAGCACGAGAGCAAGAGCAACAGUGCCAGCAGUGGCACUGGCGGCGGCGGUACCAACUCCAGUUCGAGUUCAUCGAGUGCGAAUGCGAAUGCAUCGCAUUGUUAUGGCCAGUGCAACUGCAUCAUCGAUCAAAUCUUUACGGGCAUGCUGCAGAGCGAUGUGGUGUGCCAGGCGUGCAACGGCGUCUCGACCACAUUCGAUCCCUUCUGGGACAUCUCACUCGAUCUCGGCGAGACAACGACGCACGGCGGCGUCACGCCAAAAACCCUCAUCGAUUGCCUCGAGCGAUACACUCGCGCCGAGCAUCUUGGCUCGGCGGCCAAAAUCAAAUGCUCCACCUGCAAAUCGUAUCAGGAGUCGACCAAACAGUUCAGCCUUCGCACUCUGCCCAGCGUCGUCUCCUUCCACCUGAAGCGAUUCGAGCACUCGGCCCUGAUUGAUCGAAAGAUCUCCUCGUUCAUUCAGUUUCCAGUCGAAUUCGAUAUGACUCCGUUUAUGUCGGAGAAGAAAAAUGCUUACGGCGAUUUUCGUUUCUCUUUAUAUGCGGUUGUCAAUCAUGUGGGAACGAUUGACACGGGACAUUAUACGGCAUUUGUGCGGCACCAGAAGGACACGUGGGUCAAAUGCGAUGAUCAUGUGAUAACGAUGGCGUCGCUCAACCAGGUUCUCGAAAGCGAGGGUUAUUUAUUAUUCUAUCAUAAAAAUAUACUGGAAUACGAGUGAGUUUUGAGGCACGGAGAGGCAUAAAUGUAGCAUCCACUGAGACUGGCAUCCUCCACCCACACACACACACACAUACACACACCUAGAAAUGCAGACAAGGCUUGCAACAAAUCUUAAACUUAAACUUAAUUAAUGAAAACAAAAACCAUAUUUGUUCUAAGUAUUUCCAGCACAUAAUGCUAAAAACUAAACGAAUGCUAAAAAAAACAACAACAACAAAAUGCUUAUGUAUGUAAAUCAAGAAAAACCAAGAUGCAUGCCAACAAAAAAUGUGAAGCAUCAACAAAAAACCAAAAAAAAAAAAAAAUCAAUUUUGCUCUUACUCAUGAGAAACUGAAGAAACAAACAAAAUCGAAAAACUUACUGAUAAAACCGACGUCGUCGUCGAAGAGCAGCUAUUUUGUUUUGUUUACCUAUAAAAAGCGGCGGCAUGAAUUCUUUUUAUUAUUAUUUAUCAAUUUCGCACACACAGAAAAUGAGACAGUCAAAAAAAAUACAAAAAAUUUAUUUAUACCACUUGGGCUCGUCCGGGAAUUGAACCCGGGACCUCUCGCACCCGAAGCGAGAAUCAUACCCCUAGACCAACGAGCCGGUUGAAGGUGGAUCGCCAUAUUGUAUAUUUCACAUUGCUGACAAUUGUAUUUUGGGUGUAUAUUGGGUAGUGCAUGCAACACGUGUCAGACAGAGAUGUCCAUAGUGUACUUGCGUGUUUGAGUCCUUGCUAAAUUCAUUGCUUGCCUGCGCAUUUAGCAAAGACCCCAACCGAUGUUGCCAAAUUCUGUUAUAUUCAAAUUUGCUAUUGAGAGGAGUUUUAUUUUAAUAUUUACUUUUUUAAUUUAAAUAUACUUACGUGCCAUAUUUCUGUUAAAAUAAAAUUGGCUGAGACACCCUAAUUCUACUCAAUCAAAUUACGUGUUUGUCGGUGAAAAUUAACUUGUCAUGAAUCAGAAUAGUUCAGAGAGUGACAGGGUUGCCACCCCUGCAAAAGGUAUUUAUAAGUCAGUUGGGAUUAAAGCCAAGUAAUAUGAAGUCUCUGUUUUAACUAAUUAAAAGGAAGAAGCUGUUGUAAUUUUUGAGGUAGAAAAUUUAAAGCUAACAAUGGGAGUUAAUAAAUAAACUAAAUUGGUGUUGUGGAUUGUAUCUAUAUGUGUACUUUACCUCAAACGGUUGACUUUAGCAGUUUGCCAAUUUAUUAU